ACCGCCCACCCUUUCCGCGCCGCCCGCGCCCGGCGCGCCCGAGACCCCGCCGGGCGACGCGCCGCCGCCGUCCCCGCUCCCCGCGCGCCGCUCUGCCGGGGCCCGCCGUGCGCGCGCUGGGGCGCGGCGCGAGCGGCCGGGGCGGCGCCAUGCGCAGGGGCGAGCGCCGGGGCGCCGGGGGGCCGCGGCCGGGGUCCCCCGCGCCCGCCCGCCCGGCCCCGCCGGAGGAGCCGCCCGACGGCGCGCCCGCGGCCCGAGCGCCCGGGCCGGGCGGGGGCCGCCGCAGCACCGAGUCCGAGGUCUACGACGACGGCACCAACACCUUCUUCUGGCGGGCGCACACCCUGACCGUGCUCUUCAUCCUCACCUGCGUGCUGGGCUACGUGACGCUGCUGGAGGAGACGCCGCGGGACACGGCCUACAACACCAAGAGAGGCAUCGUGGCCAGUAUCUUGGUGUUCUUAUGUUUUGGAGUCACACAAGCCAAGGAUGGGCCCUUCUCCAGGCCUCACCCAGCCUACUGGCGCUUCUGGCUCUGCGUCAGCGUGGUCUACGAGCUGUUCCUCAUCUUCAUCCUCUUCCAGACCGUCCAGGAUGGCCGUCAGUUUCUGAAGUACGUUGACCCCAGACUGGGGGUCCCACUACCCGAGAGGGAUUAUGGGGGCAACUGCCUCAUCUACGACCCCGACAACAAGACUGACCCCUUCCACAACGUCUGGGACAAGCUGGACGGCUUCGUGCCCGCACACUUCAUCGGCUGGUACCUGAAGACACUGAUGAUCCGGGACUGGUGGAUGUGCACCAUCGUGAGCGUGAUGUUCGAGUUCCUGGAGUACAGCCUCGAGCACCAGCUGCCCAACUUCAGCGAGUGCUGGUGGGACCACUGGAUCAUGGACGUGCUGGUCUGCAACGGGCUGGGCAUCUACUGCGGCAUGAAGACCCUGGAGUGGCUGUCCCUGAAGACGUACAAGUGGCAGGGCCUCUGGAACAUCCCCACCUACAAGGGCAAGAUGAAGAGGAUCGCCUUCCAGUUCACGCCCUACAGCUGGGUGCGCUUCGAGUGGAAGCCCGCGUCCUCGCUGCGGCGCUGGCUGGCCGUGUGCGGCAUCAUCCUGGUGUUUCUCUUGGCAGAGCUCAACACCUUCUACCUGAAGUUCGUGCUGUGGAUGCCGCCCGAGCACUGCCUGGUCCUGCUGCGCCUGGUCUUCUUCGUGAACGUGGGCGGCGUGGCCAUGCGGGAGAUCUACGACUUCCUGGACGACCCGAAGCUGCACAAGAAGCUGGGCCAGCAGGCCUGGCUCGUCGCGGCCAUCACUGCCACCGAGCUGCUCAUCGUGGUCAAGUACGACCCGCACACGCUCACGCUGUCCCUGCCCUUCUACAUCUCCCAGUGCUGGACGCUCGGCUCGGUGCUUGUGCUCACCUGGACCGUGUGGCGCUUCUUCCUGCGGGACAUCACCCUGCGCUACAAGGAGACCCGGCGGCAGAAGCAGCAGGGCAGGCCGCCCCCCGGCAGGGCUGUCAGCAGCGGGGACGGACACCAGGCCGGCCCCCACGACACCCCGGGGCCAGCGCCGGCGAGGGAGGGGUCGCCAGCACCCAAGUGACCUGUGACCUUCAGCCAGCGGCCCGCCAGGAACCCCGGGCCGUGUCACCUCCACCCUUCGCGACUCCAGCUGGGCCACAGGGUGUUGUCCCCAGCGACCGGCCACCUCCGUCAGGGGCACCCGGCACAUGCAUCUGAGCUGCCCACUAGCAGGGUCGGCUUCCCCAAGACCAGGUCCACGCUGAGCACCCCUCAAAGGCACCCCCUUCUCCACUCCUUGGGCUACCAGUCACCCUACCACCCCAGAGCAGCCCACGCAGGUUGAGAGGCCGCUGCCAGUGCCUGAGGUCAGGAGGGCUUUGGGGGUCUCCAGCCCGUGUGGGGGUCUCCUCCAGGAGCCAGAGGAACGAGUACAGCCAGGAGAAGGCACACCCCCACUUUGAGGCUCCCUCGCCUCCCCCACCCCAGGGGCAGCCACAGGCAGGCAGCCACUUGGGGGCCUGCCUACGGAGGGGACAGGCUGGGGGAGAUGCCCAUCCUGCCCAGGACCAGCUCCAGACACACAAGUGCCCGGAUUUCCAGACCCCGCCACCCGGCUGAGGUCCCUGCCCCCACAGCCGGGGCUCCUGGCCUCAGAAGAGCCUUGUUUCCCUUGUUGCCUCCUCCUUUGAAGAGGUUUCCAGAAAAGACCAGAGCACCCAACACCGCCACAUGCCCCCUGACACAUACUCGCCCCUGCCCCACAUUCCUCCUGCGCACACACGUGCUCUGGCACCUUCCUUCCUGCGUCCAGGAGCUGCAUUAGGAAGCACAGCAGGGACACGAGGGCUCAUGGCACAGACUGGGGCUCUGCCCAGGCCCUUUGAAGGUCCCGAUCACUCUCAACUACCCUCCACCCUGAGUGGGGAGAUGGUGCCCUGCUGAGAGGUGGCGCCGUCGCCCUUGGGUGCGCCCUGGUCUCUGCCCAGAGGGCUCUGGGUGCUGCCCCCGGCAGUGUCACAUGGUGGCCCUGGGCUGCAGAGCCAGGUGGACCCCACUCCCACCCCGAGGGAGCCAGCCUCUGCAGGUGGGGCCUGCAGCUGUGGGUUCCCAGCAGCUCUUGGGGUGCCCUUCCAAGCUGGUACCUCAGAUGAAGGAGGGGCCCUUCCUGUCAGAAAGUGCUUUAAUGAUAUAAAAGUGAAUUUCCGCAGUUGGGCUGUGAGUGUUUCCCUUCAGAACCAGGACACCCAGAGAAUGCGUGGGGGGUGG